GGCUGCGCCAGCCCCGCGCCCCGGCCGCUGGGGGGCUCCGGCCGGGCGGGGGCUGCGGGGCCGGGCGAUGCCCGCGAAGAUGUCCCGCACCGCCGCGGCCUGAAGGCGCCCGCCCGCCGCCGCGAUGCCGGUGAAGAACCGGUACAACCUGGUGGACGAUGGCUGCGACUCGCGCGUCCCGCUGCACAACGAGGAGGCCUUCCAGCACGGCAUCCACUUCCAGGCCAAGUACAUUGGUAGCUUGGACGUUCCCAGGCCCAGCAGCCGCGUGGAGAUUGUGGCAGCCAUGAGACGGAUUCGGUAUGAAUUCAAAGCCAAGAACAUUAAGAAGAAGAAGGUGAGCAUCAUUGUGUCUGUGGAUGGCGUGAAGGUGAUCCUGCGCAAGAAGCAGAAGCGAAAGGAGUGGACGUGGGAUGAGAGCAAGAUGGUGGUGAUGCACGAUCCCGUGUACAGAAUCUUCUAUGUGUCUCACGACUCACAAGACCUGAAAAUAUUCAGUUACAUCGCUAGGGACGGUGCCAACAACUCCUUCAGGUGCAACGUCUUCAAAUCCAAGAAGAAGAGCCAGGCCAUGCGUGUGGUGCGCACGGUGGGCCAGGCCUUCGAGGUGUGCCACAAGCUGAGCCUGCAGCACGCCCUGCAGAACGCUGACGGCCAGGCGGACGGUGCCAGCGACAAGUCGGCGGAGGAGCAGCCAUCUGAAGUGCACCAGAUAAAGGGCUCCAAGAUCACAGAUGUGGAUGAGGUUGGCCUUGACUCUGAUGGCAUCUGUGUAUCCGAGAGGGGAGCAGGAGAGCUGCCCACUGCCAGGGGUGAGCUGAGCACACUGAAACCUGGACAAGGCGCCAAGGACAAGAACUGCCAGGACUCUGAGAGCUGCUCCCUGUACCCGGCCGGCUCACAGCAGCUGCUCAGCCCGGGCAGCCCCUGCUCUUCAGCCUCCAUCACCCCACUGGCCUCCCAGCACUGCCUCCAGCUGCUCCAGCAGCAGCUCCUCCAGCAGCAGCAGCAGACACAGGUGGCAGUGGCUCAGGUGCAGCUGCUGAAGGACCAGCUGGCGGCAGAGACGGCGGCGCGCAUCGAGGCGCAGGCCCGGGUGCGGCAGCUGCUGCUGACCAACCGCGACCUGCUGCAGCACGUCUCGCUGCUGGUGCGGCAGCUGAAGGCGCUGGAGAGCCGGGCGCAGCGGCGGCAGCCGGUUGACCGUUCGCUGCAGAACCUGUCCCUGGCGCAGUCGCUGUCGCUCAACCUCAAGAACCACUACAGCCUGGACUUCGCCCUGCCCUCCACCUCCACCCCCGCCAGCGUCCUGGGCAGUCCCGUGGCUCCCCGCUCGCCAUCGGCGCUGGGCGCCGGGGAUUCCUACCUCAACCUGGUCGGCCUGGAGGGGGCCGGGCCCUGCUUCGGCAGCAAGGACGGGGCCGAGGGCCCGGCGGGGCACGAGGGGCUCAGCCGGCGCGUGGAGGGCUCCGAGGUCAGCGACUUGGCGCUGCUCAGCGGGAGCGGCCGGCAGAAGGCAGAGGACGCGGACAGAGGGGACGAGGACAGGCGGCAGCAGCCCAUUCCCAAGCUCAACCCACCGCCACCCAUCCUACGCAAGAGGUCAAGCAAGACCUCCCCGAGCCUAGAAGUGGACAUUAAGCCUGAGAGUACUGCCCACGUGAGCCUCCCCAGCCCCAGUGUGUCUGGCCUCACCAGCAUCACUGCCACCUCCCUCACCCUCCUGGACCCUGAGGCAAGGACUCCUGCACGGAGCGCUGCUGCCAACGCAGAGCCCCUCUCUGUUGGGACCUACCAACAUGUUCUGAGCAAGGACAGGUCUGGAGAGAAUGGGCACACAUCCCCUCCAUCCAGCAUUCAUGAUCCCACAGCCAGUGAUGCCCUGAGCAAGGACUUGGCCUCACUGCUGAGCCCCACGGACAGCACACUGCCGUUCUCCCCUGCAGAUGACACCUGUUUGCACAUCAGCUUCUCAGAAGAUGAGCUGCUGGAGCCGGAGCUGGACACUACUGUGGGGCCCAGCAGGGUCCCUUCUUAGUUGGACACAGCACUGGCAGCUGGCUGACAGGCAGUCCCAGUGGCUCUUUCCACAUCGCUCCCCCUGCACACUGGGGUUACAGGAUCCCUGCACCCUGCCUGGGUCAGGUUCCUUCACUGUUCCUGCUCCAUGCAUCAGCUCCUGCCACGUGUGGGCUGCAGCAGAGAGUGCAACCCGGUCAGCCCGUGUCCUAUUCUGCACCAGUUCGUGUUGUCUUCCUGCUUUGCCCAGCCCUUUUGUGUUCUGUCCUUCCCUUGGUCAGACAUGCCAAGUGGGUCUUUGUCCCAGGGAGCUCUCACUUCUGCUGCCUGGCAGAAGCACAGAUCCCACUCAUUACCACAUCCCUGGCUGCUGCAGACAGCCCCAGCUCCACAUCCUUCCCACUGCAUCCCCAGCCCUGCUGUGGUGGGGUGGCCUCGGGAAGGAGAGAUGCAGACACCUCACUGCCUUGAAACCGGUCCUGUUUUGGAGACAGCAGCUUCACCGCCCCACUGCUGUGUCCCUGUGCAGCAAUGCCACCACUGCCUCCCUCCAAAGGUGCCUUUUCCUCUGCUGGGCCACUUACUGUCCACACAGACUGGGGCUGCCCUGCGAGAGGCUGGUAUGGGGUGACUGUCCACAGGGGAGAGUCAGGAGCCCCAUGCCACAGCAGGUGCUCCGCAUAUUUUGGGGUGGCAGAGGCAGCUGCUCCAUGCACACCUCUCUGAGCACUUUGGGGCUGCUCUGUCAUGUUGGGGUGUUAUGAAAUGGUUCAGUGUGAAGUUGGAAGCAUGAAUGUCUGGGGUUCAGUUUACAGAUGGAAGGUUUAAGGAAGAAACCCAGCCCUGUGGGGAGAGCCAAGGCAAUACUUGGUGCUGCCACACAGCCCUCAUCAGCACAGGCUGGAGCAGGUUCUGGGGAGGGACCCUGGGAGGUGAUCCUCCACUCACUGUUUGCAAGAGGAGGUUUGGGAAUGUGCUGGAGGCUCGAGUUGGGGAAGUGUCAGGAGAUGGAGGCUCAGAGCAGCCAUUCUGCCCCAGUGCAGAGUGUGGCAGGACCUCAACAGCACACCACUGUGGGGCCCAGGGCUGACCAGGAGCCGAUGGGAGCUAAUGACAGAGGGCCCGUGGCACCACCAGCACUGCUGAGGACACACGAUGGGAGCUGUGGAUUUGUAAAGCUGUGGUUGGGCCGCGUGUUAGUGUGGUAGAGACAGAUCGACCACUCCUUUAGGAAAUAAAGUACACUGCAGUUUGGUAACUGAGUUUUAAAGAAAAUAAAUGCCUCGAAUUUGCAGAGCUGGUGCCAUGUUCUCUGCCCCACUCACCGGGAGAAUCUCAUCCCCCAGCCCCAGUACUCCUAGGCAGUUUAGUGCUGCAGUUUUCCCAGUUAAGUGACAUCUCACCCAGGAGUCAAGGCAGCUGCAGCCCCAUCCCUGGCCCACUCCCCUCAGGGAGGGUCCCUGUAUCCCCCUACUGUCACAGCCACAGUGCAAUUGUGAGUCCCAGCUGCUCCCCCUCACAGUGCCAAGAGGUCUCAUGUCACCACACACUGCCACAUGGGUGCCAGGUUCCUCACCAGUGACGGGGACCAUUUCCAAAGCAUCCCCUGCCAGCACACAGCACCAACACUGCCCCACAGCCCCCAACUGCAGCCCGCCCUAAGAGGUCUGGGCUCUGGGAUGGGACAGGGCAGCCCCCAGUGCACACAUUGCCCUUUUUCAUUCCCCAGUUUCUGCUCCCAAACCAAACUCUGGCCCACAAAUCAAGCUCAGCCUGGGCACACAGGGAAGGAGGGCUCCAGGGGGUGGGAUCAAGGUGGGGACAGGAACCUGCAGCACCACAUCUCUGGUCCUGCAAACCUGGAGGGGCUGCAUCCUCCAGCAGAAGAGGCCAGAGGUGCCCUUCCCAGGGGAUGGAAGCAAGCAGCCAUCUGCCUGGGGGGGCAUGUCCAGCUCCAUGCUUAUUGUGCUUCCUGCAUGGGAAGAAAGUUUUUCCUCUGCUGUCUGGUAAGCUGCUAGCAAUCAUCAGGCAGGCAGGUGGUAAAGAUUCAUAUCCAUCAAACAAUGCUAUUUAGUUUGUAACCUGUGACUAAAUCUGGUGUUAGCUUUAAUUUCAGAGUCUGCUUUAGGGCUCGCUUGUUAAUCUCUAUGCAAAGCAGAUGAAAUGAAUAUGCAGCAUUUUGGAUGUAAUUGUACGGCUUCAAUUCAGCACUAUAAUUUUCCAAACAGGAUCUUGCAAUCAAGCUUCUAUUCAUUAGUGUAUAAACAAUUUAGUUUCUCA